AUGGCGACGGCAACACAACCCUCCUACCUAGAUCUCGCCGCCCAAAAGCGCGCAGAGCAACUUGCGCUCAUUCCCGCAGACUGGCGUCUCUCCCCAGUCCCCUCCAUCGAGUCCACACCAGAUGCACUAUCUUAUCUCCGACGCAUCCUCUCAGCGCGAGAACUCUCCCUCACGGAAGAAACAGAUAUCACUGUUCUUCUCCGCAAAUUGUCAUCUGGCGAGCUCUCCUCGCUCGAGCUCACAACUGCAUUCGCGAAGCGUGCGGCUCUGGCCCACCAGCUAACGACCUGCUGCACGGAGAUCUUCUUUGAAGAGGCUUUUGCCGUCGCGAAGGGAAUGGAUGCGUAUCUUGCUGAGACGGGGAAAACGAUUGGUCCUUUACAUGGACUCCCUGUUUCCAUCAAAGAUUUAUUCUCCGUCAAGGGCGUGGAUACAUCUAUCGGCUGGGUCGGCCUAACAAACAACCCCGCAACCUCCGACAAAUCCGUCGCCCAAACCCUCCGCCGACUAGGCGCAGUCCUCUACGUAAAAACCAACCUCCCACAAUCAAUGAUGAUGUCCGACUCGUACAACCACGUCUUCGGGCAAUGCGUCAACCCGCUCAACCGCAAUCUUAUUUCUGGUGGUAGUUCCGGCGGCGAGUCCUCGCUUGUUGCGGCAAAGGGAAGUGUCCUCGGUAUUGGGACGGAUCUUGGUGGCUCGAUUCGGAUUCCUGCUAGUUUGACGGGGAUUUAUGGGCUUUCGCCGAGUCCGGGAAGACACCCUUAUGAGAGGGGGAAUCCUGGACAGGAUAUGGUUCGCUCGGUUGCUGGGCCGAUGUGUGUUAAUCUCGCGAGUAUUGAGCGGUAUAUGGAGGUUCUCCCGUGUGCUGCGCCUUGGGAGCUGGAUCAUCAUGUUGCGCCCGUGCCCUGGCGGAGGAGCUUGGCUUCUUUGAAGGCGAAGAGAUUGAGAAUCGGGUUCUUGGUUGAUGAUGGGGUGGUGAAGGUGCAGCCUCCUAUUGCAAGGGCGGUUCGGGAUGUUAUUGAUGCGUUGAAGGCGGCGGGUCAUGAAGUAUUCGAGUGGGAUGCAUCGUCGCAUGGAUACGCCUAUUCCCUGUGGGAAAAGGCCAUCUUCUCCGAUGGCGGCGAGGGAUGUCGGAAGAAGAUUGAGAUGACGGGCGAACCUUUGGUUGAAGGGAUGCUUGUUGGUACCCCCGAUCAUAUACUGACUACCUCCGAGACACACCAGCUCCUCGCCGAUAAAUAUCUGUACGAAAGCAGCUAUCUCGACCGCUGGACAACAUCCGGCAUCGACGCCCUCAUCAUGCCCACGACUCCAUGGGUAGGAUAUAAACCUUGGACCUGGGUGAAAUCCAACGCAUAUGUGGGGUACACCAGUAUCUGGAACUUGCUUGGAUACGCAGCCAUGUCGGUUCCUAUCACUACCGUUUCUCGAGAACAGGAUAUCCCGAGUCAGGAAUGGCUGAACCAUGCUCCUCGGAAUGCGGGGGAUAAAUUUAAUAAAGAGCAAUAUGACAUCAAUCUGGUGGAAGGGAUGCCUGUCGGCGUACAGGUUGUCGGCGGCCGUUUUGGUGAAGAGAAGUGUGUUGCUGUUGCAAAGGCUAUCGAGCAAGCCAUGAGAUGGAAAGACGUGGCUCGGCCGAGUCUCUAA